CGUCGGCGCUCCGCGGAGUCGGGUUCUGGUUGCUUGGCGGCCUCGGCGCGCGUGCGCGAACAUGGCCUCAAACGACUAUACCCAGCAAGCAACCCAAAGUUACGGGGCCUACCCCACCCAGCCGGGUCAGGGCUAUUCCCAGCAGAGCAAUCAGCCCUACGGACAGCAGAGUUACGGGGGGUAUGGCCAGUCGGCGGAUACUUCGGGCUACGGCCAGAGCAGCUAUGGCUCUUCUUACGGACAGACCCAGAACAGCUACGGCACUCAGUCCGCUCCCCAGGGAUACGGCUCAGCUGGUGGCUAUGGCAGCAGUCAGAGUUCUCAGUCGUCCUAUGGACAGCAGUCCUCCUAUCCUGGCUACGGCCAGCAGCCAGCUCCGAGCAGUACCUCGGGAAGUUACGGUAGCAGUUCUCAGAGCAGCAGCUAUGGGCAGCCCCAGAGUGGCGGCUAUGGCCAGCAGUCUGGCUAUGGUGGACAACAGCAAAGUUAUGGACAACAGCAAAGCUCCUAUAAUCCACCUCAAGGUUAUGGACAGCAGAACCAGUACAACAGUAGCAGUGGCGGUGGUGGCGGGGGUGGCGGAGGUAACUAUGGCCAAGAUCAGUCCUCCAUGAGUGGUGGAGGUGGCGGUUAUGGCAAUCAAGACCAGAGUGGUGGUGGCGGUGGCUACGGGGGAGGCCAACAGGACCGUGGGGGCCGCGGCCGGGGCGGUGGCGGUGGUUACAACCGCAGCAGUGGUGGCUAUGAACCCAGAGGUCGUGGCGGUGGCCGUGGAGGCAGAGGCGGCAUGGGCGGAAGUGACCGUGGUGGCUUCAAUAAAUUUGGUGGCCCGCGGGACCAAGGAUCACGUCAUGACUCCGAACAGGAUAAUUCAGACAACAACACCAUCUUCGUGCAAGGCCUGGGCGAGAAUGUUACAAUUGAGUCUGUGGCUGAUUACUUCAAGCAGAUUGGAAUAAUUAAGACAAAUAAGAAAACGGGCCAGCCCAUGAUUAAUUUGUACACAGACAGGGAAACGGGCAAGCUGAAGGGAGAGGCAACGGUGUCAUUUGAUGAUCCCCCUUCUGCUAAAGCAGCCAUUGAUUGGUUUGAUGGUAAAGAGUUUUCUGGGAAUCCUAUCAAGGUCUCAUUUGCUACUCGUCGUGCAGACUUCAAUAGAGGUGGUGGGAAUGGUCGUGGAGGACGAGGGCGAGGAGGACCCAUGGGCCGUGGAGGCUAUGGCGGUGGCGGCAGUGGUGGUGGCGGCCGGGGUGGAUUCCCCAGUGGAGGAGGUGGUGGUGGAGGACAGCAGCGAGCUGGGGACUGGAAGUGUCCUAAUCCGACUUGUGAAAACAUGAACUUUUCUUGGAGGAAUGAAUGCAACCAGUGUAAAGCCCCUAAACCAGAUGGCCCAGGAGGGGGACCAGGAGGCUCUCACAUGGGGGGUAACUAUGGAGACGAUCGUCGUGGUGGCAGAGGAGGCUAUGAUCGGGGCGGCUACCGAGGCCGUGGAGGGGACCGCGGGGGCUUCCGAGGGGGCCGGGGUGGUGGGGACAGAGGUGGUUUUGGCCCUGGCAAGAUGGACUCCAGGGGUGAGCACAGACAGGAUCGCAGGGAGAGGCCCUAUUAGCCUGGCUUCGGAGGUGCUGGAGCAGCUUUUCUUCCUGUACCCAGUGUUAACCUUCAUUUAUUUUGUAACCUUCAAAUUAGUGAUCGCCCGCUGGUUUUUUGUGUUGGACUAUGUAAUUGUAACCAUACCUCUGGUUCCCAUUAAAAACCAUUGUUUUAGUUAAAUAUUUUCCCUUCCCCCCUUUUCUCUCCUGGAGGAUUGAUGUAUGCAUCAGGAAUGUGGGGAACUUUUACUCUUUCAGGCAUCCUGCCAAGCAGGAACUGGAAUAAAGUGUUUGAUACUGG